GAACAAUAAGUCGGUUGAAUUUUUAAGUGCGCUGCGCGUGACAAAACACACGCUGGCAAAACCGCCUCAGGUUUCGGAAAGAAAAAAAAAAAAUUUGCGGAUCGAUCGGCGACAGACAUGACAUGUUAGGCACCGAUGAUGUGGCUUCAGCAGUAAAGUGCUUUGUAUAAGUCCAGUGUGCACUUUGCUGAAGGUCGUUGAAGAAUGCCUCUGUGAGCGGAGCGUGUGCGCGGCUGCCCUCCGCUCCCUGUGGACAUUUCCCGGAUGUACCAAGCUGCUGCUGCUCCUCCACGUUCAUGUGCAGGUCUUUGCGCUACAUUGUGAGCCACUCUCUCCAUGCAGCGAUGACGCGACUGCAGGAGCUGAACCGCGAGGUCGGCGCGCGUUCCUCGCUGCGCUGCCUCGGCUUCCUGUCCAACCUCAUCCUCCUCGUGGCCAUCUGCCUAGGCCUUUACGUGCGGUGGGAGAAGACAGCUGAAGCCGUGAUCCUCGUCGUUUUCAUCUUGGGCCUUUUGGUCUUGGGGAUCGCCAGCAUCCUGUGCUACUAUUUCACCAUGGAAACAGCCAGCGCGAGCCUGCUCCACCUGUGGUUCGGCUUCUUGUUGGGCCUUCUCUGCUUUCUCAGUAGCCCCUCCCUGGCGAGCGAUGUGAAGGAGCAGGCCACCGGUUACCUGCUCUUGGCCAGCGUGCUGCUCCGGGGCCUGUGGGCCCUGGCGGUGCGGAUCUGUGGCUGCGUGAAGUUCCGACCGGCCCUGCUGACCUCUGCCGAGUUCCUGGAGCUCGUGGGCUUCUCGGUGGCCAGCACCACGCUGCUGUUGCGUCAGUCCCUCAGCAUCAUUCUCCUGGCGGUGGCCUUGGCCGCGCUCAUCGCCAACUUGCGGAUGAAGUCCUUCUUUGCCAUCCCGAACCUCGCCUGCUUCGUUGGCAUCGCCUGCUUGCUCUUCGGCUCGCUGGAUGUCUCCUCAAACGCGCUUGGUCUGGCCUGCUAUUUGGGCCGACUGAUCUGCGAGCCCCUGCUGGACAUGUACUUCAGCGGACUGUCGGUCACCGAACGCUGGCUGCCUUUCUUGAUGCGCGGCCGCUUGUGGCGCAGGCUCUCGCUCCUGCCGCUCACCCUCGUGGAGUUUGCCUUCCUGGUCCUCUCUGCCUUCAAGCUGGGCCAGCUGGAGCAGUGGUACCUGGUGAUUCCUGCCUGGAUUGCCUCGAGCGUUUUCUGGCUGGUCUGCCAUGUGGUCUUUGUGGUCACGCUGUGGGGUUUCCACACCAAGCUGAACGACUGCCAGCGCGUAUUCAGCACUCAGCGCUGCGAAAGCCGGAGCCUGGACAGAGUGAUGGCGUCCCGGGGCAUGCGUCACUUCUGUCUCAUCUCCACACGUCUGCUCUUCUUCAGCCUGUUGUCCACGGCUAUCCUGGGGGCCGUAUCGUGGCAGUCCAACCACGGUACCUUCAUGAGUGUCUUUCUCAUCGUCUUGGCCUUGGAGUCCCUGACCUACAGCCUCUUCCACGAGAUGGGGAACUGCCUCGGGGGCACGUGUGUGGGCUACGCCUUGGUCAUUCCCACCAGCUCCUGCAGCAUUGAUGGCCAGCCUACCCUGCUGCCUCCAGACCUAGUGCAGGAGUUGAACCUACGCACCACAGGCAUGCUGAACAACAUUCAGCGCUUCUUCUCUCAUCACAUGAUUGAGACAUACGGCUGCGACUACUCUGCAGGCGGCGUAUCUGUGGAGACUCUGCAGGCCAAGCUGCGUGGCUUACUGGAGCAGCGCACAGCUGAUGGCCCCCGCCACGACACUUACAUCAUCUACUACAGUGGACACACCCUGCGGUCUGGAGACUGGGCCCUGACAGGGGGCGAUACUCUACGUCUGGAGCAGCUCCUGGAAUGGUGGAAGGAGAAAAACGCGGGCUUCUGCUCACGGCUCAUCGUGGUGCUGGACAGUGAGAACGCGGAGCCGUGGGUAAGAGAAGUGCGGAAGGUGGAGGAGCUUCACGUGGCGGUGCAGGGCGCUGAGCUCGUUCACUUUAGAGAUGUCGAGGGCUCCUCUGCCCCACAGCUUGGGGAUUUCACAGCUGAGUGGGUUGAGUACAACUGCAACCCCAACAGCGACAUCCGCUGGUCAGAGAGAGGCCGCGGCGUGGCGGCCAUCUAUGGUGUGUCGAAGUGCUGGAGCGACUACACUCUGCAUCUGCCCACAGGCAGCGAUGUCGCCAAGCACUGGAAGGCCCACUUCCCACAGGCCACCUACCCACUGGUGCACCUGGCCAACUGGUGCGGGGGACUCAACCUGCUGUGGCUGUGUGGCUCCUGCCUGCGCUGCUUCCGUCGACUCAAACUGUCCUGGUUCCCCCCAGCUGUACUGGACACGGGUCAAGGUUUUAAGCUGGUCAGGUCAUAAAAAGGCAGCAAGAGGCUCCCGCCCCUUUUACAGCACCUGUUAAAUGUUCUCCCUUGUUUUUAACAUGUUAGACACCUUCUGCAAUACCGGGACAUCUUGCAGAGAUGGUCAGUUCUCUGUUUUGACACAUGAAGAAAUGGCCUUGUUGGCAGCCAUUGCUACAGAAGAGCAUGGUUCUGGCUGCCAUGUGCAUCACACAGUGGACCCGGUUCUCUGCUUUCAGCCUUUCCAGGAGCUCCGUCAGCCUUUUGGUACUGAUGAACAGCAGGUGACACCUGUGGGCCGCUCGG